AUGUAGGCUAAAGCGACAACGUGCAAAGAAGCCAUUCAAAGGUGGGAAGAAAAAACGGGACUGGUCGCGAGCGAACAAAAGGAGAUCAUUUUAUCCUUCCAGUGGCCUCCAAUCGAGAGAAUGGACAACAAUUUGGCGGCGUUAAUUAGCGUCGAAAAGUUAUCCUUGUCGACGAAUGCAAUCGAAAAGAUCAGCGGUAUUAACUCGCUGAAAUAUCUGAGGAUCCUGUCUCUGAGCAGGAACAAUAUUAAAACCUUCUCAGGAUUGGAGGCGAUUGGUGAUCAUUUGGAGGAGUUGUGGAUAUCUUACAACUUGAUUGAAAAGAUUAAAGGUGUCAAUGCUCUGAAAGCGCUCAAAGUUUUGUACAUGGGCAACAAUUUGGUGAAAGACUGGGCGGAAUUCAAUCGCCUGCAAGAGAUACCGAAUCUUCAGGACUUGUUAUUCAUUAAUAAUCCUAUAUGCGAGAACAUGGACGCGGAAUUGUGGCGCGCGCAAGUUGUCAGGCGAUUGCCCGCGUUGAAAAAACUCGACGCGAUACCGAUUGUGUAUGCCAUGCGUUCUGCAAGAUCUCUUUUCUACAUACGUACGCUAUGUCGCUUCGCGAGUCAUAUUUAAAGAAAAGCUUCUUU